AUGCUGCCAUUUGAGAACACGAAUUGUGUCAACAGGAUGAGCGGCAGUCUGGACCCGACGGUGCAGUAUGAGCUGCUGGAACGUAUCGGCGGAGGUGCCUUCGGGGAUGUUUACAAAGGGGUAAAUACCCACACGGACGAGGUGGUCGCUAUCAAGAUCAUCGAUCUCGAGUCAGCGGCCGAUGAGAUCGAGGACGUGCAGCAGGAAAUCCAUGUGCUGUCACAGUGCUCCUGUGACCAGCUCACAAUGUACUCGGGAUCAUUUAUUGCGGGAACGAAGCUUUGGAUCAUCAUGGAGUUUCUGUCGGGUGGAUCAGUGUCGGAUGUUAUGCGCAAUGGUCCGUUGGACGAGGCUUUUAUCGCCAUUAUUCUGCGUGAACUAUUGAAGGGACUGGAAUAUCUACACUCGGAGAAGAAGAUCCACCGCGACGUCAAAGCUGCAAACGUACUACUUAGCGGAGAUGGUCACGUGAAGCUGGCGGAUUUUGGAGUCACUGGACAAAUUACAGAGACGAUGACGAAGCGUAACACGGCAGUGGGGACCCCGUUUUGGAUGGCGCCUGAAGUCAUUCAAGAGUCGGAAUAUGAUUUUAAGGCGGACAUUUGGUCCUUGGGUAUCACCGCGAUCGAGAUGGCCAAGGGUGCACCUCCGCUUGCCGACAUCCAUCCGAUGAAAGUGCUGUUCAUGAUCCCGACGAUGGACCCGCCCGUGUUAGAAGGCAGUUUUUCGCCUCGAUUCGUUGAUUUCGUAUCGUGCUGCCUGCAGAAAGCCCCACAAGAUAGACCGACGGCAACUGAAUUAUUGCAACACCCAUUCAUCCGCUCAGCCAAGCACAUAUCUCAUCUAACGGAGCUCUUAGAUCGGAACCAAUUAGAAGACCAGCAGCAAGAUGGCCAGGAGGAUGGAAAUUCUCAGAGUAAAGAUAGCUGCUACAACAAUGGUCGUGUGGAGAACGGAUUCGGACACAACAGCUACAAACCACCUCUGAGUGGCGGACUUGAUGACACUCUGCCAUCCUACGGUCAAAGGGAUAGCGGCAAGCGUCAUGCUCGAGACGCGUCAGUGGGCAGUGGAUGGGAUUUUAACACCAUUCGUCUGUCAUCUACCAGUCUUCAGCAGGAGUUGAAGGCUCAAGCAGAAGCUGCAGUGGCAGCUGCUGCUCCAAUUAGUAGAAACGACGACCAUGACGUUCCUGGUGAAUCAAUUGGAGAAGGUGAUGACUCUGUUGACGCAUAUUCGACCUCCAAUACCAACACUACAGCGACGGCAGGCAUCGAUUCGACAUUGCCACUGCAUGAAGUUGAGAACGAGGAUCAGGAUGACGACGAAGACGAAGCGUUCAACAGCAUUGUGAAACCUGCGAUCAGUGACGUCUUGGAGCGUGUGCUCAAUCCGCCGACUAUUGGGUUCAUGUCGCCGACACAUCGUGACGCUGCAGAAGCUGCCACCGAGGUGCAAGAAGAUCUCCUCUUUGAGUUGCUGCACGUGUUUGACAACGUAAGUCAACAGAAGGGCCUACUCCGGCAAGUGCUGCGGAGUCUAGCAGACUACACAAACGCAGUGAUGCCUCCUGCCAACGCGAACGUAACAGGGAACUCAAGUUGA